GUAACGAAUCUCGAGAGUCGGCAAUAUGGCCGGCCAGAUGUGCAGUAGCAGGGUGUCACGGUGGUGUUAGUGCCGCGCGUUAUUUAUGUCGAACUACCGAAAGUCUUGUCCGAAUCUCGCGUGUUUUCAUGGGAUCGGUGAUAUACUUUGUAGAAGCAGGAAUAACGCUUGCACGAGGGCAUAGCACACGCUUCCCGGCCAAGCAAAUAUGAACGAAGUGAGCAUAUCAUCCGCUCGGGCGGCGGUGAUGGUCUACGACGACGUCAACAAAAAAUGGAUACCGAGUGGUACCUCGGCAGGACUUUCCAAGGUCCAGCUAUAUCACCAUCAGGUGAACAACACCUUCCGCGUCGUUGGGAGAAAGUUACAGGAUCACGAGAUCGUUAUCAAUUGCGCCAUCCUUAAAGGACUGAAAUAUAAUCAAGCAACGGUCACGUUCCAUCAAUGGAGAGACAACAAGCAGGUUUACGGACUGAAUUUUUCUAGUAAGGACGAUGCCGACGCUUUUGCGAGUGCUAUGCUUCAAGCUCUUGACGUGCUAAGCAACGGAAGCAACAUAUCAAGAAGUCUGGGUCCGGCAGUCGCACCGACGACUCAGCAGCAACCUGUUUAUCAGCAGCAGCAGCAGCAACUACAACAGCAGCAACAACAGCAACAACAGCAGCAGCAACAACAGCAACAGUCGCAGCAACAACAACAGCCGCAGCAGCAGCUGGCGAACGCUCAAUACGAGGAGGACAUGGGAUACAGUCAAGGUCAUAGCGCGCGAGUCUCCUUGUCUUUGGGCCAUCUUCCUGCCGGGGGCCAAACGGGUCUCUCCGUCGGGCCCCCGACACCAACCCCCAGUCAUCAUCCAUCCGUUAGUAGCGCCGUCACCACCGUCAUUCAGGUGGGCUGUUCGCGUGGCUCACCGGCCGAGGGACUCACGAGGACUAUGACCAGAGAAGACGUGGCGAUCAUUCAGGAGCGCAGAAUGUCCCAACAGAGUCAAGCAACGAACAGUCCGAGCGCCAUUUCACCGAGCUGUCCGCCAACGACGCAACAGCAGCAGCAGCAACAGCAGCAGCAACAGCAACAGCAACAAUCGGGUCAUCACAGAACGUCGUCCGCACCGCCGGCGCCGCAACCUCAACAGCAGCAACAGGCCGCUCAACAGCAGACGCAACCGCAACAGCAGCCGGCGAUUCAGGGGAUGCAAGGACCGAUAGUCUCUUCGACCGGUCCUUUAUCCGCUGGCGGAGGUGGACCUCCGGUACCACCGCCGCAACCACCCGCGGCGCCACCCGCUCCUCCGUGUCCGCCGUCUAUGAUAAACUUCAAUGCACCCGUACCGCCGCCCCCGAUGAUGAUAAAUCAGUACGCACAAUCGCCAUCCUCUCAAACGCAGGCUCAGUCGCAAUCGAUCUACGCGGCACAGAGUCAGGGUAAUCAGUACGGCGGAGGAGCGCCCGGUAACAAUCAGUAUUCGAAUCCCAACGUGACCGGAUCCGUCGUGGUCGUGGGUCAGAAUCCGAAUCAGUACGCGUCUGCCGGUCAGAACAGCUUUUACGGGAACAACGGACAGGGUAGUAACGUGUACGGUAGCGGUGGUCAGGCUGGUCAGACCAGUCAGAGCAAUCAGUAUGCUGUGGUCGGCGGUCAGGGCACGCAAUACGGUGCCGGUGGUGGUAGCGGGCCUAGCAAUCAGUACGCGAGCAACAGUUCAAUCGUUCAGUACGCCGGCGGUCCACCUUCGGCGGCUAGCCAAUACGCUGCCGCUGCCGCUGCCGCCGUGGUAGCUCAACAACAAGGCCAGACGCAGUACGGUGUCGUGUCGCAACCACAGCCACCGUCUUACGUUACCGGACAAGUGCAGGCUGUCGCCAACGCGAAUCCUUAUGGUACCCCCUCGAAUUCGGUGAACCAGUAUGCCAGCGGAGGACACCACGCGGUCGCCGCUAGCGCUUACGCUCCACCGCCGCCCCCCAUGGUACCAUUGGCGGCUGGUCCCGCUGCCCCACCUCCGCCUCCACCCCCACCCGCGCCUAACGCAAGCAAUGCCUCGAAUCUUUCCGCUUCUUCUUCUUCUUCCGCCGUCGUAUCCUCGUCCCCUUCGCCCUCCGUAACCGCGAACAACGAUCCACCGCAACCGGAUGCCAAUUCUCUCGCUGCGGCCCUGCAGGCUGCCAGGCUCAAGAAAAAGCAGCAGCAAACGCAGCCCGUGGAAAAUAGCGGUUCGAGUACCAGCAGUAGCGGAAGCGGAGGAGGCGGUGGCAAUUACGGGACGUUGGGAAGAGGCGGAGGUGGCGGUAUGGCUUCUAUGAUGGACGAGAUGGCGAAAACGCUCGCACGUAGACGCGCUGCCGUUGAGAAGAAGCAACCUGAACAACCACCGGAACCCGAAAGUUCACCGGACAAGAAGUCUUGGGACAAGAGCAGUUCGUCGAACAAUAAAUUUUCCAACGGAGCCGAAUCACCAAAGUCGGUUCGAAAAAGGUUUGGCUCCGCUUCCGAGGACACGCUUCUCAAAGUCAAUGGCGUUAACGACGGUUCCUCGUUGACGGCGCAAGAAAUGGAGGCGUUUAAAGCAGAGAUAAUUAAGGAAGUGCGCAAGGAGUUUCAAAAGAUGAAGCAAGAAAUAAUCGAUGCGGUAAGAACAGAACUGAGUAGAAGGUAAAAGACGACGAACGAAACUAAUCCGCACGACUAAAAGGAUCUACGAAGACGGGACGAGGUGAACGAGGCAGUGAAGGAGAGAGAGAGAGAGAGAGAAUGAGAGAGAGAGAGAGAGAGAGAAACGAAAGAUUUGAUUAGAUGAUAGCUCGAUCGAAGCAUUAUCGACAUUCACACAUACAGGUUUUUAUUACAUAUUUGCGAGAACGCAGUGUAGUUAUACCAUGUAUAUCGAUCAUUUGUGUGUAAGUACGUUAUCCUAGCUUAGUAUCUUAAGUGAUCGUACACCUUGGUUACCUAUUUCGACAAAAAAAAAAAAAAAAAAAAUCGCUAAAUGCCGUUGGAUCAAUUGAGCCGCACAAUCGUUCGUAAUUGCACAUGAUUUUAGAAUUUUUAUACGCACAUCAGGGCGAUCUACGUGUAUCGUUGAGUUAAAUACCGCGUUAAAACGAACAAUUAUUCACGCACAGUACAUUCAACGUAAAUUACGUUAACAUUGACGUGCAAAUACUACAUUAAAACGUUUCUAACGUAUUUACAUAAUCACGAUCAGUUAUGUAUGUAUAAGCAAUAGUUUUUCAAGCAAAGGUUUUUAUUUUUAUCGACUUUUUCCAUCGAGGAUAUAAUGAAAUUGAAGAUUAGCUCAAUUGACGCAACGCGACGACGAUUCAUUAUCAUAUAUUUUUUAAUCUCAUAUGAUCAAGUAGGAUUUUUAAAGCAUUUUGUAAUAACGUUAAGACAGAUAGAAUAACGGUCCCGUUAUAAAGGAUAAAUGUACAGAAUUCAUUCACCAACGUCGUGGCACAUUUUACUCCUUGACAUGAUUGAAGAGAGAGAGAAAGAGAGAGAGAGAGAGAGAGAGAGAGA